CUUCACUGUGGAAAGGAGCAGCUCUCUGAGAGCCAGCUUUAUAGGCCACUAGCUUCAGCACUGACAAGGGCUUACAGUUCCACCAACUUCUUGCCUCUGCUUGGGGAACGACCUGCAGCACAGAGAUGUCUUCUGGAGGGUUAAGCUUCACUGUCCGGAGGAUUUUGGGUCUUCCAGAAUUUGACAGCACAGCCAUACAGAACGAUUCACCCUUAAAUUACACCAGUAGGACCCCAUAUCAAGACUGGUUGGAUAAUGAGCGAAACCACUUUCUCUCCUCGGAUGACAGUGGGUCGGAGACCAACUCCCCAGACACUACACAGAGAUCAGAAGUGGGAUCUGACAGUGCAGAGACAGAGGAGAAGAAGAAGAAAAAGCGGAGAGUCCUUUUCUCAAAAGCUCAGACUUUGGAACUGGAGAGAAGGUUUCGCCAGCAGCGCUACCUAUCGGCUCCAGAAAGGGACCAGUUGGCUCACAUUCUGCACCUCACUCCCACUCAGGUCAAAAUCUGGUUCCAAAACCACCGCUACAAGAUGAAAAGGGUCAAGCCCGAAGCCAGCAGCACACCCCCUCUUCUCAAAAGGGUCAUGGUUCCAGUUCUGGUGAGGGAUGGCAAGCCAUGUCAGACCUGCCCUUCUUCCCCACAUUCAGAAAGGGAAAGUAUCCAAGUGCUUCCCACUUUGCACUACAACUUUUUCCAAGGUUAUCCUCAUCAUCAACAGGUAGCCCACCCUUCAAGUUUCUCCUGGAGAUGGUGACUGGACUGCUAACUCCUAUCUUGAGUUUACAAAGGAAUGGACACCUUGAGGAAGGGAAUUGCCGAAACGUAGCUGACUUUUGACAGCAAUAGAAACCCAAAACAGCCAUAGCCAGACCUCUGUGGGCUAUACAAAUGUAGCACUCCAGUACUUUGUUUCUUAAACUGGUAAUAUAACAAAGCAACAGCUCUGGAUAUUUCCCUCAGAAGAGUGAAUGGUAUCCCAGACUGAUGGUGCAUAAUUAUAUGUGUAUUUGUGUACAUGUACAGUAUAUAUAUAUAUAUAUAUCUAUGGGAUUUUAUUUUAUGAUAUUUUCUCAUUUGUGUUAUGGAUGUACUGAAUCCACUAUUUUGGAAUUUGGCUGAACCCUGAAUCCUUUAUGAAAGAUUUGGCCGAAUACCAAACCGAAUCCGAGUUCGUAUACGCAAAUAAGAUCAGUGUUAAGGAGAACCCUUUGCACGCAGUAAAAAAAAUUCAUCAUCAGUGUUUAUGUGACAAAACAUAGAUUAGGCCAAAUCUGGAUUCUGCUGGAAAAGGACGAAUAUUAGCCAAAUCCUAAACUGAAUCCUGGAUUCGGUGCAUCCCUAAUUUGUAUAUAAUUUUUUUUUUUUUUAAAUUGUAAAAUAUUUCAAUUUAGGCUUCAUUAGCUAUGUACAGAAAGAAUGUUUUGCUGAUGGAUUUAAUAAAUGGAUUUAAAAUA